GCGGGCCCCCGCCAAGGCCGGCCUUGCGCAUGCGUGUGUCGGGAGCCUUUAAAAAUGAUGUAACAGAGGAUACAGCCUGGGCUAAACCCUGUGGACCCUGAGAGAGAGCAACAAGGAGUGGUCUGUCUCUGUUCUGGAAAUCUCGCAGGAGCUUUGCUUUUCUGUCAAGCCACGAGCCCUCUCCAGCUCACCAUCUUGCAUUGCAGGAGAUGCUAUUUCUGGACAUCCAGUGGUCUGCAUGGGAAGCAACGCACCUACUGCUCACAGCUAGUUAAAUUCCACAAAUCACAGCAGUACCAGCUCAUCCGCCGCACAUUUAAUGUAUUUGUUGAGAUGACAUGAAGCUGUCCUUCUUCAGUGCUCUGAAAACCUCUUUCUGGGGGCAUCUUCCUGGAAGAAAAGUCCUUAGAGUCUUAAAGAACGUAUUAAACAAACACCUGCCUGAGAACGCCCAUCAGCUGGUAUCUGGAAAGCUGCACAUUAUCCUCACCCGUCUGCACGACUGGAGAAGCGUGCUGGUUUCAGAGUUUGCCUCGAAGGAGGACCUCAUUCAGGCCUUGGUCUGCAGCUGCUUCGUCCCUCUGUAUUUUGGACUUUUACCUCCUAUGUACCGUGGGGUGCGUUACAUUGAUGGGGAACUCGGCAUGUGGCGGGCCAACUUCGUGUCCCGGACCACGAUCACCGUGUCUGCUUUCGCUGGUGAAUACGACAUCUGUCCCAAAGAUGGCCCUGCUGCCUUCUUCACUUUCCAACUCUCUGAUUGUAUUCUACAGAUAUCAAAAAGAAACAUCCGUCGCUUGCAGUAUAUUUUUCAGCUUCCCACACAUCAAGUUCUGGACCAGUUUUAUAUCCAUGGCUACCAGGACACAGUCUCCUUCUUAAAAAGACUGAGUGAAUUUGGUAUAAAUUACCUUGAUGAGGACUUUAUGCUUCCAUUGACCAAUGAAUCAUGUCAGAAGGGUGAAGGGACCCUGCACUGGAAGCCGGAAACAAGAGUACUUCGCUUCAGAGCCACAGACCCUGAGGAUGUCACCAAAGAGAAUCCAGAGAGCAGCUGGGCAGCAGAUGAAGUGGAAGAAGAAGCCUCACACCACCUUCCCCACCAUCAGAAAGCUGCUAAUUCUGAGGGUUCCGAAUGUGUGCCUACCUCCAUGGGCAGGAGAAGCAAGCCUCCGAAGGUGUAUGAAGCUGAAGAAUAGAUGUGCAUCAGCUUGCCCUGGUCCAUGGAAAAGGAGAGACUUGCUACUAGCCCGCACUGUUCUGUGUGUUCCCUGCGGAGCUGCCGUCAGAAGGAUGCGACAGCCCAUUGCACACCCCAACACUGGGCUUGAAGGGACGCCUGCAUGCCUCGUGCUAAUCUUGCACCGUGUCCCUUCAGCUGUCUUGCCACUGCUGAAGGCACAGCCCCUGGUUUCUGUAUCACUCUCAGCUUCGAUGCCUCUAUUGAGAUGUUCUUACCCCUUUCUGACAAAAGCUGGCAGCCUGUACGGCUGCAACAGGACCUUUGACAGUGGAUCCUGCAGUCCAGUCAUCUGCUCCUUCCUCCAGAGAGCCAAGCCUGUGCCCAUGAAUGACAACACAGAAGUAAAUAAAGACCAGUAACUAGAAAUAACCCAAUAAAUGCAAUAAUUCCUCUUGUCCAGCAACUUUUGCUGCAGCUCAGCCUGUAGGUACUGAAGCCCAGGCCAGAAUCCAGCUUAUGCUGCUCUUACAAAGCCUCUUUGUGAAUGGCUACUGCAGAGCUAGAAAUAUUUGCUAUAAUAAAUAACUCAAUAAUGCCUUAAAUAUAAUACUGCAAUAUAAUACUUAAAUAUAAGACUGCAGCAGCCACCCCCAAAACCCAAGAUCAGUCCCCCAAAUCCUCUACCUGGCAGGAAGCAAGGAGCCAGACCCUGCGGUACCCUUUUGAAUAGGCCGGUGAAU